AUGACUGCAGAACUUUCUGAAUCGGCGGAAAAAGAGCGUCCAUUGACACGAAAGUCAACCGGGGGUAAUGGGCGUCGUAUCCUGAAUGUUGACAAUUCAGACGACUCUGAAGACGAGGAAGAGGCGGAAGAUGAUGACGAAGUUGAGAUUGCCAUCGCGCAAGAUCCAGUAAAGACUGCCUUCGAUGAGAUUCUACAACUUAUCAGAAUUGGGAAGCUCAAAUUAGGCAAGAGCGAGGAGCGCAAGAAGUUUUUCGACAAGUACGACAGGUAUAUAGAAGAACGAGUCGAGGAAUACAGAAAUCUCUUACAUGUUCUAGCAUAUUGGGAUGGACCUUCUAACAGCUCUACGAAGUCGCUCAUCUCGAAAUUGACGACAAAGUAUCCUGAAGCGUACUCGAGGCUUCUGAUAAGUAAGGAUGAAACUGGGAGCGAGAGCAAUCCACUGUACGCAGCUAUUUCGAGAAAGGAUGCUAAACUCGUAGCAUACAUGUGCGAAAACAAAGAUCAAUCACCCAUAGUCCAAGAUGCCCUUGUAAUCGCACUGGGGAUGCAAUGUAGCGAGCGCUCAGAAAACUGUUUGAUCGCAGCCAUUCGACAUAAGUUACCAGUGAACAUUAUUACAAAUCUGAUCGAGAAAACGACGGAAAAUACGCUGAAAGCACAAGACUCAAAAGGGUUCACUCCUCUCCAUUAUGCAGUUGAAUACGAGCGUUGCACGCAUUCCCAGUUUGAGAUUGUUCGUAAGCUGAUUGAGUGUGGCGAUUCUGCUUUGGAUAAGCUAGGCAACAAGCCCGACUAUUUCUCAGUCUAUGGAUAUCAUGAGAGUACCCGGGAAAAAUAUGUCUCUUCCAAAAAGGGCGGGAAAAUUAAUGACGAGCGGCUAGCAGAAUGGACGCCGCCAACGAAAGAGACGGUUCUGCCACAGCCGAAAAUUCCCAAGGAAUAUGAUGACCCGAAACAGAUGACUCAGUUGCCAAACGAGAGAAGGACCAGAGAAGAUCUUGCCUAA